AUGCAUUUGCAUCUAUUGGCCAGCGACCCGACAACGCAACAGUCCAGCAGCAGCAGCAGCGGCAGCGGCAGCAAAAGCAGCAGAUCCAGGGGAAGAUCCAGCGUCCGACGUCUACAUACGGGUGCAGCAGCAGUUGCAGAGUCCACCGCCCAAACCGAUCUCACCGCCAGCGACGCGGGCUGUGCCACUGUGGCGCCCGUCAGCAUCGCCGGUCCCGGCCGCCUGGCGCGCAGCAUCAACGGCAGCAGCGUCGGCAGCCACCACCCACACUCGUACUACCCACCCUACCCACACCACUACACCCACAAUCCGCAUUCGCACUCGCACCUGCAGCACCUGCAGCAUUCCCACCACCCGCAUCAUCCCCACCACGCGGCCCAUCCGUCUCACCACAGUAUGGUGACUUCCUCCACCUCGCCCACCGGCAACGGCUGGACCACGCCGGGCGACUACAAAGGGGCCACAGCCGCGACGGCACCUGCCGCCCCGUCGGUGGCAUCAUCUGUGGCCGCCACAGCGUCCACAGCCGCCGCUGCCGCAGCCGCAUCGGUGAUGUGCGAGGUUCUGCCCUCAAGCAGUGCCAGUGUGGGCAGCAGCUCGCCAACAGGUGGCGCCAGCAAUGGCACGGCCCACAGUGGACACAGUGGUGGUGGGGGCAACAGCAGUAGCACCACCACCACCACAACCACCACCACUGGGGCCAACAACAACAACAAUAACAACAACAACAACAAUGCAGUGCAUCAGGAUCUGCUGUGGAUGGAGAGGCUGGUACUGAAGCGGCAGCAGGAGCAUCCCGGAGAGCUAGUGCGCACGAGCAAUCCUUACUUCCUGUGCUCCGCCCUGCCCUCCCAUUGGCGCUCCAAUAAGACGCUGCCGCUGGCCUUCAAGGUCGUGGCGCUGGCGGAGGUCGGCGACGGCACCUACGUAACCAUUCGCGCCGGCAACGACGAGAACUGCUGCGCCGAGCUGCGCAACUGUACCGCCCAGAUGAAGAACGAUGUGGCCAAGUUCAAUGAUCUCCGCUUCGUGGGACGCAGCGGACGAGGGAAGAGCUUUACGCUGACAAUCACCGUUGCAACGAGUCCGCCGCAAGUCGCAACCUACGCCAAAGCCAUCAAAGUCACCGUCGAUGGACCACGGGAGCCGCGUUCCAAGACAAGUCCCACCGGCGGUCCACACUACCGCGCCCUUGGCCUGGGCCAGCGGCCCUACAUCGACGGCUUCCCAAAGACGCUGCACGAGCUGGAGACGCUCCGGCGCUCGGCCAAAGUGGCAGCCGCGACGACAGCGGUGGCGGCUGCGGCCACGGCAGCCACAGCGGUGGCAGCGGCAGCAGCAGCAUCAGGCUCCACCACCGCCAACAAUUCUGCCGCUGGCAUCGGCGGUGUGGGCGUGGCUGGCGGCAGCAAUGGCAGCGGCAGCGGCAGUGGCAGCGGUGCUGGUCUGGUGCAACAAUUGAGCAGCAAUUACUCAUCCCCGAAUAGUACAAUCAACUCGGACUGCCAGAUCUACAAGCCCAAUGCGCCCCACAUCCAAGAAACCGAUCUGAUGGGUGCCGGGGAAUGGACUGGAUCCUCGAGCUCUGCGGCUGCCUACUACCACAGCCAUGCCCACCACCCACAUGCCCACCAUCCGCACGCCCACCACGCCCACGCCCAUGCACACGCCCACGCGCACCACCUGCAGCAUCAGAUGGCCCUGCCGCCGCCUCCGCCGCCGCCGGCAGCAGCGCCAGUGACCAACGGCACGGGCGGCAUGGGCAUGGGCGUCGGUGUCGGUGUCGGUGUCGGCAUGAGCAUGGGCGUCGGCAUGGGCAUGAGCAUGAACCAUUACGGCAGUGGCUAUGAGACGGCCAGCAGCCUGGACGCCGGCAACUACGCCGCCCACCUGCCCGCCGUGCUGCCCGAAAUGCACGGCCACGGAUUCGCGACGGAUCCGUACCAGACGGCGGGCGGCUACGGAUCGAGCGCUGGAGCGGCCAAGUCCGACCUGGAGAAUCUCGGCGGGGGCUAUGGGGCGGGGGCUGGCUACAACAAUUGGUCGAACGGCUACAACAACUAUCAGUACGGCAGCUGCACGGCUGCAACGGCGCAGUACGGCGGCACGGGGGCUCAUGCGGCGGCACCGCCGCCGCCACCGCCCCCGCCCGUGGUGCUCUACCCGCAACUCUACUCGACGGUCAACCAGAACCAGAUCCAUCUGCAUCUGCACAGCAGCGAGAAGCUGGAGCAGUAUCUGGGCAGUGCCAGCGACCAGCAGCUGACCAUCAGCUCCCUCACCGGCAGUCGCUCCAGCAUCGAGAUCGGUCUGGGUGGAGCCGGUGGUGGCCUGGUGGGUGGUCUCACCGGCGACCAGGAGCAGCAGCAGCAGCUUCAGCAAACGCAGGAGCAGACAUCGGAGGCGUCCAACCAAAGCUACCAUCUCGGCCAUCACAAUCAGCUUCCCCACCAGCAGCAGCAGGCGGAACAGGGCGAUGGUGUGGGUGUGGGUGUUGGUGUGGGCGUUGAGGCACCGCGGGAUGUCGAGGAUGUGGGUGAUCUCACGCAGGUGUGGCGACCCUAUUGACCCAACCGGAUAGCGGUGCCAAUGCCAGCGAGGCAUCCACCUCCACCUCCGCCUCCGCCUCCGCCACGAGCCUUUCUCCACAUCGAGCUGAACUGAAGUCCGAGCAAAGAGGAGUCUUGGGAUGAGUCUCACCAGCAGAACUGUACAAUUUUUUGUUUU